UCGCAUCUUGUUAUUCCAGCCUUGACUGCAACAACAUCCACACCUUGUACAGCUGUCAGUGCUGUCUGUGCUAGCGGUGCAUCCAGGGCUUAGCUUGGGACCUUAAUACAGUCUCACUCCAGUACAGGCCGUGGAGCAAGGAGCUGCAGGUAGCCAGGUUGUGGGAUUACCAGACAAUCAGCUGAUCAGUAGAACACUGACCUUCAGUGAAGACGGCACACUUUCGGCUGAAGGAGUCUCUCUCAGUGCUGGGCUUGUUGUUCUGGAUUCUCCUGUCAAGAAAGCUGGGCUCAGCCUCAGUAGAAGUUCAUACAGCAGAUGGUGAUGCUGUUAGCUUGAUGAUGCACUUGUGCCCUCAUGUACCACAACUGGAUACUAUGAGGUGGAUGAAGUACAGGUGUACUCUAACUUCUGAUAUUAUCCCCUAGGCUCAUACAAACUGAUGGCAAACAUCAUCAUACAUGUGUAUACGUGACACCACCGAGGUGUCUGAGUGCUAGUGAUAUUGUGUGAUUAAAGGUGUUAUAAAGGAGACAGACAUGGGAGCCGUCAACAGCUGCUGGACCCCGCACCGCCGGGAGUUCAGCGAGAACCAUGUGAGCACACCAAAGGAAAAGGGGCAUCGGCGGAACCUGAGUGCAGCGUUUAACCUGUCACUGAUGGCGCAGGACAUGGACGCCUCGUGUAACCUGCUUAACAUCAACACGGCCACAGAGGAGGAGCUGAUGACCCUACCAGGCAUUAACCGACACACGGCCCAGAACAUAGUCGAAUACCGUCGCAGGAUCCUAGGCUUCAAGAAGGUAGAGGACUUAGCUCUGGUGUCAGGCGUGGGAGCCACGAAACUAAGCCAGAUCCGCGAUGAAAUCACCGUGUCCAGCAAGAAAUCCAGCAGCUCUAGGGGCAGCUCUGUGGAGAACUCCAACCUGGACCUCAGUCCAUCUGAGAGGGAAGUCCGCAGGACGGCUGCAGGUAACCCACCUAAACUGGUGAAUGUCAACACUGCCAACGUGUUCCAGCUGAUGAAGGUGAAGGGCAUUGGGCAGGCAAUAGCAGAGAACAUUGUGUCAUAUCGGGACAAAAAGGGCCCGUUUAAGUCCCUGGAUGACCUUGAUAAGGUUAAGAGGAUCGGCCCAGCUUUGUUAGGGUCUGUCCGCUAUCAGUUGACACUUACAGAACCCACAGGUGCUUCGCCUAACUCUCCCGAAGCCCCUUCGCCUUACGCCAACGGGGAUGUAUCUAAUAACUUACCUGCCUUCAAUGUGCAUGGUACAGGAGAUGCCAAUGCCAACUGUAUUCACCAUACAGCAGAGUUAAACAAAGACACGUUAAACCUAACAGCUUCUCAGAAUGACUUGUUCGACAUUCUUGGCCCAUUGGCGAGAAGGCCAUCGCGGCCGGAUGUCAAACCUUACACAUUCAAGCACCAGAGCCGUAGGUGUCUGCGGUUGGCUUCGUGGAACCUUCAACAGUGCGGUGUAGACAAGGCGAGUAACCCAGGCGUGAGGGACGUGAUCUGUAUGACUAUCCUGGAGAAUGGGUUCAGUGUGGUGGCCUUCCAGGAACUGGCCGAUAAAGAUGCUCUACAAAAGAUCUGUGAUGAACUCAACUACCCUGUGUUACCCAACGUGAAGCGGUGGAGCGGCCACAGAGGCUCGUGGGACUGCGUGACCUCUGAACCUGCUGGCAGGAUGUUCAGGUCUACAGAAUAUAAUGGGUUUUUAUACGACAAGUCUCAGAAGGUCUCACUUCUCAGUUCUGCUCUGCUAGAUGGGAAGGACAACGGAAGGAGAGCUUUUACCAGAAAACCAUUUGUUGGGGUAUUUAAGUUAGGGAGAGUGGACUGUGUUCUGGUGAGCGUCCACCUGAAGGCUACAGGCCUGCAGAAUGAGGACAGAGACAGACUCGGUCAGGAGGUGGACAGAGUGUCCGAUGUGAUACACUCCCUCAACAUACACUUCCCAGGUGAACAUGAUGUGGUGAUUAUGGGAGACUUCAACCUGACCCCAGGGGCAGAUGAUUUUGUUGAGCUGAAGGAGAAGGGAUAUAAGAACUGUAUACCAGCUGACACCUACACCAACAUCAGCACAUCCAGGCCAGAGGGCAGCAAGAGUUACGACAACAUCUGGGUGGCCAAUCAGACGAAAUCUGUUCUGACAGGGGAGGGUGGUGUAAUAAGAGAUGGUCUCCACAGCCCCUGGAUCCCAGACGGGUGGAAGUGGGGCGGGGUGGUCAGUGACCAUUGCCCUGUGUGGACUGAGCUUUACUCCAGCCAAGAUUUAGACCGAGGUGACCUCUCUGCAGGUGCUGACAAAAUUACCUUCUUUACAGGAGAUGACUGAAUACCCAAGGCCAGAUAAUAGUUCGAGGAUUUCGUGAGAACUGUGUCUGCGCCUGAGAUUGUGAUAAGUUUUUUUUAAUUUUAAUCAGAUAUGAAAAUGUCCUGAAAUUCUCAAGAAAGAUUUCAGACCAUUGUUGUAAAGAUACAAGGCAUUUUAAGGGAUUUUCUUUAAUGAAAUGUAAGUCGUUUGGAAAGCUACACAUGAAGAAAUACACAGCAAAUACAUGUAACACUGCUAGAAUGUUGAACUAUUAUAAACUAUAUCUUUUAUAGACCGUAAUUUUUAAAAAGAGAAAAAUCCAUGACUGUAGCAUAAAACAACAACCAAAGGAAUUAAAUAAGAAAGUAGUUACAGUGUAUGGUAUGACAUAUACAUUAACUUCUUCUUUAGGAGGCUCUACACUGUAUCUCUGACUAGACCUGAAACAUUGCAUUGUUUUACCAGGUUUUAGCACAUACAUGCACUCUGCACUUAGCUGUCUGAACAGUAUACCACUGGAGGUAACAGUGGAAAACAUAACUGUGUAUUUCAAUUAUGUAGGGCUGUAUCUGUUGUUAUCUGUAAAGGGUAGACAACUCCACAACGCACCAGGUCCUAGUUGUUUAAUAGAGGGUCAACUUUAAGCUUGAAAUACGUGUAGGACUUAUCCAGGGUUAUAUCUUUGUAUAUGUGUAUGUGUAAGGGUCACCAAGUUAAAUUGUGAUGCUGAACCAUGAUUUAGACUUUGUGUUAGGGUAAAAUACAAAAUGUUUUGAUGUCCAAAGUUCUAAUCGGUGACUUCAGAAGCAAUAUAUGACAAACCUUAUUAGCUCAGAUAAGGUAGGGUUGAGUUUAGUAAGGGGUUUAAGUUAAACCCGGGGUUACAUCAGCACUGACCCAGUUUUUGAAGAGUGUCAGUCAAGUCCAGAAGAACAUGGGUUGUCUUGAUUUUUUUUUUUUUUGUUAUCCAUCUCAUUUCUCACUCAAUCAAAAAUGUUUCCUAUGCCAUAAAACUUGAUGCCUUGAACUGAUUGGUCUCUGAGUUGAGUCUCCGCAUCAAAGACAGUCAGUACACAUAUAGCAUUUGUUCACUGGAAGUAGCAUCCACCUUUAAAUAUUCUAUCAUAACGGAGAGUAUUACCAGGCUGAGGUAAGUCAGGCCAAAGUUGUUUGGUCUAUUGUUCAUCUGUGCCUUCAUAAUGGCUGAGUCAUGGGCAAACCUGUAAUGUUGUAUUUCUGAAAUGGCUGAGUCAUGGGCAAACCUGUAAUGUUGUAUUUCUGAAAUGGCUGAGUCAUGGGCGAACCUCUAAUGUUGUAUUUCUGAAAUGGCUGAGUCAUGGGCAAACCUGUAAUGUUGUAUUUCUGAAAUGGCUGAGUCAUGGGCAAACCUGUAAUGUUGUAUUUCUGAAAUGGCUGAGUCAUGGGCAAACCUGUAAUGUUGUAUUUCUGAAAUGGCUGAGUCAUGGGCAAACCUGUAAUGUUGUAUUUCUGAAAUGGCUGAGUCAUGGGCAAACCUGUAAUGUUGUAUUUCUGAAAUGGCUGAGUCAUGGGCACUGUAGGACUCCUGUAUUACAAGAGAACAAUCAUCAGUCCACCUUAGACCUGAAUCACCAUUGCACAGUAAUUAAAGAUACCCAGUUGUUAACAGAAAAUCAGAAUUCACUGUGAACAGAGAUGAGUUCGGUGCUGUUGUGCAGAUUUGAUAUUCACCAUCAUCAGUGCUUCAUGAUUUUUUCUUUCUUCUUUUUUUUUUUACAAAUGUAAACUUUAUAACACUGUUUUUGAGCUUCCACUAUUAUUUCUGCAUUUGGACAAGCUCAGGUUAACUGUUUCAGUGCAGUUCAUUCGUUAUCCCUUGUUGUUGUUGUAUUGUCUUCUCCACCUGUGAACGACUAAAACAUGGCUCAGUCAUUGGUUUAAAGUGUACGGAUAGAUAUGUACUUUUUACAGGUUAUUGUAAUUUUAUUUUACUGACGGUUUCAGAAAAUACUAUAUGUACAUGUAAGAGUCGUCAAGCAGUUUAAUUUUAUUUUCGCUUUAUUUGACCUGCCUGUUGAUUAGUGUCAUUAACAACUGCUGGGUGUUACUGGAGAAAAAAAGGGUAUCUAGUCAGCUGACUUAAAAAAGGGCAAUGAGCACUGAUCUUCAGACUAAUUACUGAGACUAACAUGUUGUUUUCUAAUCUGUAUAAGUUCAGUAUAACAUGCUGACUUCACCUACCUGUGGUAUACAGUUUAGUUGACAAUUUCCUAGAUUGUCAGUGUUCGGUAGGAGGUAAGAUGUGUGAUGAGGGUGCUGUAUGUUUCUUCUCUUUUGGGGUACUGUAACAAUUUUUUAGAAUUCAUAUAUUAGAGCUGUCCUUUUCAACUUAGCUACCGGUAUCUUUAUGGACAACAGACAUGGUGUGGACCACUGAGCAAGGUUGAAAUGCCUGUGUAUUAUGUAGCAUGUGAUCAGUUACAGAGAAUCAUAGCUCAAGGUAAUGAUUUAAAGUUUAAAAUUUACAAUGAGAUUGUCAUGAUACCAAAAGCUCAAAGAAUGUGUUUGCCUCAACUAAGUUUUAAGAAUUAUUAUAUUUACUUGCUGCCACACAUGAGCAUUUAAAUCUUGUUUUAUAUCCUGACUUGGGUCAAAGAUGACUUAGUGAAGUUGGUCCUGGAUACUACAUGAACAUGUCUGAUGUAAUCCACACCUGUGUUAACCCAUACUCAGGACUCUAUGGCACUGUUUGACAUUAGGCUCAACACUCACAUUUACCUCAGCUUUAAGCUGUCUCUAUAGUUUAUACUGAUUUGAGACUAACAACAGUAAAUGACCUAAACAUUUUGCCCAAAAAUGUGCAUUUUUAAAGAGAACAAAUUGUUGUGGAAUGUCACUUCUGGUGCUAUAACUUAGAUUUUUCCCUUAGAAUAUCAUAUCCUUCCAAACAAACAUCUAAACAUCUAUUUGAGAUCAAUAAAAGUCUCAGAAGAGGCAUUACUAACUUACAGUAGUGGGUAAUUUUCUGACAGAUCCCAGCCCAAAUAGCUUUCAUUUUCUUUUUAUGAUUAUAAGUAAACUUCAUUGCCUUAAGCGUGUAGAAAAAGCUGUGUCGUAUGUAAAUUUCAACACUUAGAUCAUUUUGAAUUUAGAUAGACAAUUUCAUUGUCAUAUUGAUGGUUUAGACUUCAUUGUUAUCUUCCUACGAGGCUCAGUUUAAGGGAAUAGACCUAGCACAAAUCGGCCCAGUGUCUGUAUACUGUGAAUUAAGCUAUGAAAUCUGGUGUCAUCAGCAUAGUGUUGCAGUCAGACAGCACUAUACAUAUGUUGACAUUGGGGCCGAUUACUAGCAGACACUUUCGUUAUUAGUCUUCAGAAUAAAUAUUUUAAGUGAUGUUGAACCCCAAAGAAAUUACGAGUGACUGGAUUGAAGCCAUUUUAUGUUAAUAAUGGCUUUGACAUUUAAUUGUGUGAGUGUCCAGUUGGACAUGGUUAUUUAGCAGAGGUAAGCUGUCUGUGGAAUGGAUGAAUGAAUGAAUGAUUAUGGCUUAACACCACAUCGGCAAUAUAUCAGCCAUAUCGUGGCGAGGAAUGGAUGAAUGAUUAUGGCUUAACACCAUGUCUCUGGAAUGGAUGAAUGAUUUUGGCUUAACACCAUGUCUCCGGAAUGGAUGAAUGAUUAUGGCUUAACACCAUGUCUCUGGAAUGGAUGAAUGAUUUUGGCUUAACACCAUAUCUCUGGAAUGGAUGAAUGAUUUUGGCUUAACACCAUGUCUCUGGAAUGGAUGAAUGAUUAUGGCUUAACACCAUGUCUCUGGAAUGGAUGAGUGAUUAUGAAUUAACACCUCGUCUUUAUAGAAUGCCAUGUCUAUUUAGACUAAAGCAGUGGUUGUAUCAUAACACCAUGUCUGUAUAGAACGAAUGACAAUGGCUUUAACAAUUUGUCUGUGUAGAACUCUCUCUAUAAAGUGUCACUGUUCUCCAGUCUUUCACAAGCGCUUUAUUUAGUGGGGUAUGAUUUGCUCAACUUUUGCCUUAUUGCACAUUAUAAUACACUUUGCAACCCACCCUUUGUGUAUAUUACUCUAAUAUUGUGUAUAUAAAUUUAUGUAGGUAUUGCUUUAUCAUUGUAUUGUUAUGCUUUGUAGCUCAAAUGUUGUUUGACAUGUUUCAUUCCAUCUUAACUUUUUUUUUAAUUUGAAUUUUUUUAAAGUUCGAUAUUUGUACCUUAGAAAAUGUUUCAAAAUACUUCAAAGUUGUAAAAGUGUGCUUAAGUGUCAGUUCUCAACUGGAUAUAGAUAUCCCUAACUUCAAUUUUAUGCCAAUAUAAAUUCAGAGAGAAAAUAUUUUACUUCAUUCAGAAUUUUAUCUUAAGCUUAAAUGCUUAUUUGGGGAGCUUUGGAAUUAAAAUUGUGGACACCCAACAAGCCAUAAUGUCAACACAAAUUAGUGACAGUGAAUGUCUGAACCAAAGACUUUUUUUGUCUGAUUUUUGGCUUAACAAUGUAAAACAAGCACACAUUUGCUGUGGCAUUCUGCAAGAAGUUGAUUCGGUCUUACACUCAGGCAGGCAGGCAGGCAGGCAUGCAGACAGAC